AUGACGGGAAAUGGUGCUCUUGCAGAACAUUCUGAAAAUGUGCAUAUUUCAGGAGUGUCAACGGCUUGUGGAGAUAUUCCAGAACAAAUCCGAUCACCAAGCGGGACAAUCACAAGUCCGGGGUGGCCCUUGGAGUAUCCUGCCCGAAUCAACUGUAGCUGGUACAUCCAUGCGAACCCAGGGGAGAUCAUUACUAUAAGCUUUCAAGAUUUUGAUGUUCAAGGAUCACGACGAUGCAGCUCAGACUGGUUAACAAUUGGAAGCUACAAGAAUAUCGAAGGCUAUAGAGCGUGUGGCUCCUCCAUUCCUUCACCAUACAUCUCUUCGCAGGAUCACGUUUGGAUCAGAUUUCAUUCAGAUGAUAGCAUCUCCAGAAAAGGCUUCAGAUUAGCUUACUUCGCUGGAAAAUCUGAUGAACCAAAAUGUGAUUGUGACCAGUUUCAUUGUGCUAAUGGGAAGUGUAUUCCAGAAAGUUGGAAAUGUAAUAAUAUGAAUGAAUGUGGAGACAACUCGGAUGAAGAAAUCUGUGCCAAAACCAGUCCUCCGACAACUUCUUCCUUCCAACCCUGUGCUUCCGAUCAGUUUCAGUGUCUUUCUCGCUUCACCAAGCUUUACACUUGCCUCCCAGAAUCUUUAAAAUGUGACGGUAACAUCGAUUGUCUUGACCUAGGAGAUGAAAUAGACUGUGACGUGCCAACAUGUGGGCAGUGGUUAAAAUACUUUUAUGGUACUUUCAGUUCUCCCAACUAUCCUGACUUCUAUCCACCUGGAAGCAACUGCACCUGGCUGAUAGACACUGGUGAUCAUCGCAAAGUAAUUUUGCGAUUCACUGAUUUUAAACUUGAUGGUACAGGUUAUGGAGACUAUGUCAAAAUAUAUGAUGGGUUGGAGGAGAAUCCACGGAGGCUGUUGCGUGUGCUAACAGCGUUUGACUCUCAUGCUCCCCUCACAGUUGUUUCAUCCUCAGGACAGAUACGAGUGCAUUUUUGUGCUGACAAAGUGAAUGCUGCAAGAGGAUUCAAUGCCACCUACCAAGUAGAUGGCUUCUGUUUGCCCUGGGAAAUACCGUGCGGUGGAAAUUGGGGUUGCUACACAGAGCAGCAACGCUGCGAUGGCUACUGGCACUGUCCAAAUGGAAGGGAUGAAACCAACUGCACCAUGUGCCAGAGAGAUGAGUUUCCCUGCUCUCGAAAUGGUGUUUGCUACCCUCGUUCAGAUCGCUGCAACUACCAGAAUCAUUGCCCUAACGGUUCCGAUGAAAAAAAUUGUUUCUUCUGUCAGCCAGGAAAUUUUCAUUGUAAAAAUAACCGCUGUGUGUUUGAGAGCUGGGUUUGUGAUUCUCAAGAUGACUGUGGCGAUGGCAGCGAUGAAGAAAAUUGUCCAGUCAUUGUGCCUACUAGAGUGAUAACUGCAGCUGUCAUUGGGAGUCUCAUUUGCGGAUUGCUGCUUGUCAUUGCACUGGGAUGUACGUGUAAAUUGUACUCACUCAGGAUGUUUGAGCGAAGAUCAUUUGAAACUCACUUGUCAAGGGUUGAAGCUGAACUGUUAAGAAGGGAAGCUCCUCCAUCCUAUGGACAGUUAAUUGCCCAGGGUUUGAUUCCACCAGUUGAAGAUUUUCCUGUUUGUUCACCAAAUCAGGCUUCAGUUCUGGAAAACCUGAGACUGGCAGUACGAUCUCAGUUGGGAUUUACCUCCAUCAGACUUCCUAUUGCUGGCAGAUCAAGUAACAUUUGGAAUCGAAUUUUUAAUUUUGCAAGGUCUCGUCAUUCUGGAUCGUUGGCAUUGGUCUCAGCAGAUGGAGAUGAUGUUGCUAGCCAAAGUACUAGUAGAGAAGCUGAAAGAAAUAAUCCUCACAGAAGUCUCUUUUCAGUGGAAUCUGAUGAUACAGACACAGAAAAUGAAAGAAGAGACACAGCAGGAGCAGUUGGUGGUGUUGCUGCCGCCUUGCCUCAGAAGGUCCCGCCUGCCACAGCAAUAGAAGCACCGGUCGGAGCGUGUGGGAGCUCCUCUGCUCAGAGCGGUGGCAGCGGUAACGCGGAGAGUGGAAGAGAAGCGACAAGCGUAGAGCCCCCGAGCACAAGUCCCGCACGUCACCAGCUCAGUAGCGCGCUAAGUCGCGUGACGCAAGGCUUACGCUGGGUCCGCUUUACUUUAGGGAGAUCAAGCUCAGUGAAUCAGAACCAAAGUCCUUUGAGACAGCUCGAUAAUGGGGUAAGUGGAAGAGAAGAGGAUGAUGAUGUUGAAAUGUUAAUUCCAGUCUCUGAUGUAGCAUCAGACUUUGACAUAAAUGACUGUUCAAGACCUCUACUUGAUCUCAGCUCAGAUCAAGGACCAGGGCUUAGGCAGCCUUACAGUGCAACACAUCACGGUGUGAGGUCAUGCAGUCGAGAUGGCCCCUGUGAGAGCUGUGGCAUCGUGCACACUGCCCAGAUACCUGACACUUGCUUAGGAGCAACCGUGAAAAAUGAAACUAGUGACGAUGAGGCAUUAUUACUCUGCUAGGUACGGAUUGUUUAGGAAAGAUUGUGUACAAGUUGGAGCAAUAUCUGUCAUUGUUUUGUACUUCACAGUUAAAAAUAGUUUUUAGUUUUAAAAAAUCCAGGACGACAUUAUGUUAAAACUAUUUUAGCCUGUGUGGUUGAUUAAACAUUUCUUAUACUGGAUGAGGUUAUGGAACUAUUAGAGUGAACGUCUGAAUGGCUCUGAGUACACGAGGUGUGUAUCCAGUAUCAUCUGAUCGCUCUUUAAACUGAAGCUAUCCCUGGUAGUUUGAAAUUUAGUUUAUCCUGGUACUGUAGUUCAAACCAGAAACAUGGCUGCUCAAGACUGAUUUGGCUGCCUGUGUAACCC